AUGAGCACAACCGCGACAGCAUCCAUCCCGGUGCCGGUGGAGCAAUCGCCCGCAACUUUGGACAAGAUCAAGGGCAAUAUCGCAAAUGAAAUCGCCAGGCGUGAGAUUCAGCAGAGGCCCUCCCUCAUGAAUGCAGCGGUGAGCUUCAGCAUCGGCGCGGCCGCCAGCGCGAUCAGCGCCACCGCCGUCUACCCCAUCGAUUUGGUCAAGACCAGGCUCCAAAACCAGAGAACGUUGGUGGGUCAGCGCGGCAUGUCGAUGUGGGGCUGCCUCACGAGCGUGGUCCGCCACGAGGGACCGUUCGGGCUCUACAAGGGUCUCAUCCCCCAGCUCGUCGGCCAGGUGCCCGAGAAGGCCAUCCGGCUGUUCAUCGUCGACCGCAUCCGCAGUCUAUCGGCCACCGACGGCGUGCUCAUCACCAACCCCGCCGAGAUCGUCAAGGUGCGCAUGCAGGUGCAGGGCCAGGAGUACGCCAAGAAGAAGGCCGAUGCUGCUGCCACCACCGCGAAGCCCAAGGGCGCGAUGAGCAUCCUGCGCGAGCUAGGAAUUAAGGGAAUGUACAAGGGCGCGUCCGCGUGCUUCCUGCGCGAUGUUCCGUUCUCGGGCAUCUAUUUUGGCAGCUACGCCUGGCUGAAGGAGCAGCUGCGCACGGGCAACGAGCCGCUGCACUCCAUCGAGCUCUUCUUCUGCGCCUCGCUUGCCGGUGUCGCCGCGGCUUCGUUGACCACUCCGGCCGACGUGCUCAAGACGCGAAUGCAAGUGGAGGCCAAGAAGGGCGAAGGCUACGCCAACCUGAGAGACUGCUACCGCAGAGUGACCACAACCGAGGGCUACAAGGCCCUGUGGAAGGGCGUGGUGCCCCGCGUGCUUCGCUCGUCGCCGCAGUACGGCGUCAUGCUGUUCUCCUACGAGCUGCUGCAGCGCCUGUUCAACAACGACGUCCAGAGCUCCAUCAGCAUGGACGUGCUCGAGGACAAGAAGUGGGUCAAGAUGCUCCUGCUCGAGGACAAGAUGGGCAUCCUGCUCGAGAACAGCUGGGAGCCCCCCACGUCGUUCACGCGGUUCAAGGGCGGAUUCAAGCACAUCAGCGUGGGAGGAAGCACGUCGGUUUGGGCCAUCUCCCGAGGCGACGAGAUCUACCGUUGGAAGGAGAACCAAUGGGAGAAGACGACAGGCGCCAAAUUGAAACAGCUCUCUGCUGCCGAGGAUGGUGCUGUCUGGGGUGUCAACAACAACGGAGAGGUCUACCGGUGGGACGGCGAUAAGCAAACGUGGCAGAGCAUUCCUUCGCCGUUCUCCGUGCUCCACGUCGCCGUGGGAAGCGAUCGAGAAGUGUGGGCCGUGAUCGACGACGAGAAAGAGCCCACGUCCGCGCUCAAGCAAUCCAAUAUCGCCACGUGGGAUGGCAAGGCCUGGAUCAGAAUUCCAGGAUCUGAGCAGAUGAAACUCGUUUCUUGCGGAGCCGACGGCACUUUGUGGGCCAUCAACAGCGAGAGGUUCACCUUCCGUCUCGAUAGGGAAUCGCUCAAGUGGGAGCAGAUGCCCGGCUCCUUCAAGCAGGUGUCGGUGGGCAGCAAGAAGCACGUGUGGGGCGUAGACAGCAAGGACUGCAUCUAUAAGUGGAAGAAGGGAACGUGGCAGAGAGUCACGAUGGCAGACGUGCCACAGCACAUCUCGGUAGCCUCGGACGGCAGCAUCGUGGCGAUGGACAAGGACACCAACGGCGUGGUGAACAUGAAGAAGCUUGUGCUCCCCGUCGAAGACAAGGAAGGCGAAGUGCACUAA